AUGGCAUUCAUAGACGAAACCACACCAUUUGCAUUAGUCACAUUAUCAAGCUUUAUACUUUUAUCAAUUCAAAAAAUUAGAAAACUUAAAAGUAAAAUUAAAAAAUUUCACGACAAUGAUGAUAAGGAAGAUCAUAUAAUUAACAAUUAUUUUUCAACAAUUAAAAGAGACUCGAUUAAAACUUUAAUUUCAUUAAUUCAAUCAAUAUUAUUCACAUUUUUAUUGGUGUUAUCAGCUUUGACUUUUUUCAAAAGAUCAAAAAAAUUAAAUAGCACUCUUAACAAACACUUGACUAUAAUAUAUUUCACAUCGUUUCUAUCUUUACUAUGGCAAAUUCGUAAUCUUUCAGAUGGUGCCGAGAACAAAGGAAAUGAUUGUUCUCUCGACAAAUGUAACAUUGACAUCCCAUUCGUCAUCACCAACACAAUCUUAUCUUUACUUGCCACCACCAUAGCAAUAACCACGCCAAGGGGUCCUCCAGAAUACGAUGAUAAUGGUCGUCUGGUUUCUCCAAACAGUUAUUCCUCAAUAUGGGAUUUCAUCACUUUCUCAACAAUGAAUCCGUUGAUGUGUAAGGCUUACAAAAAAGAUUCAAUAAGCGAUUCUGAUCUUGAUCAACUGCCACGUGAUUACCGCGCCUCGACCUUGUUUAAAAAAUUCGAGAAAUAUUCAUCUCCAAGUUACAGUAAUAUUAGCAAUAGUAAUAGCGGUAGUAAGAAACAUGGAUUAUUAUAUAAAAUUUGGAAAAGCAAUCGCAAAAAUGUUGCUUAUCAAAUUACAGCUACAGUAAUUGGAGCAUCCUUAUAUUAUGUUCCUAUAACUUUUCUUUACAGUUUUUUAAAUUUCAUUCAAACAAACCCUUCUUCACUUGGAUGGGGAUUCGUUUGUAUUUUUGGUAUGUUAAUAUCAAAUAUCUUGUAUUAUAUUUCAACCACCCAACAAUGGUAUUGGAGCGCAAGUGCAAUGCAAGUUAGUAUCAAAGGAAUGCUAAAUGCUGAAAUCUUUUCAAAAAGUUUAAGAUUAUCAUACAAUGCAAAUAAUGAUGAUGAAGCGGAAAAAAAUAGCAAAGAAGAACAAAAGGAUUCAUCAUCUGAUAUGAAAGGUGUUGGAAAAAUUACAAAUCUGAUGACCGUUGAUUCUCAAAGAAUUGGUCAAUUUUCAAUGUGGUGGACAACUGCUUUGAUCGAUUGUCCAACUCAAAUUACAAUUGGUCUUUAUUUCUUGUACAGAUUAUUAGGUGUUGCUAGUAUCUUUGGUUUUAUGAUUAUGAUAAUUAUCAUACCUAUAAAUCAACAAACUGCAAAAUAUUUCGCUAAAACUCAAGAAAAAUUAAUGAAAGCAAGAGAUAAUCGUGUCAAUCUAAUGAACGAAUUAUUACAAGGUAUUAGAAUGAUAAAGUUUUUCGCAUGGGAAAAAAAUUGGACAAAGCAAGUUUUAGAAACAAGAGAGGUUGAAUUGGUUCAUCUUCGUAAAAACUUUUUGUUUCUAUUAGCAUUUAAUUUUAUUUGGCUAUUAUCACCAGUCCUGGUAUCUAUAGUAUCAUUUGCUGUGUUUUCAAAAAUUCAAGGAAAUGUUCUCACACCAUCUAUUGUUUUCACUUCAAUUGCCAUCUUUAAUGAAAUUCGUUUUGUCUUGAAUCAAUUACCUGAAGUUCUAAUGCAAGGAUUUCAAGCCUACGUCAGUUUAAAAAGAAUUGAAAAAUUCUUGGAUUCCGAAGAAAUCAUAGAUAGAAUUAUAGUAAAACCAAAAAAAAGAAUAGCUUUUGAAAAUGCUAAUAUUUCUUGGGGAAAACCAUCAUCAUCUCCUUCGACGAAUUCAAAAAUUGACUUCAUCAUGAAAGAUUUAAACAUCGAAUUCCCCUUAGAAAAAUUAAGUAUAAUAUGUGGUCCAACUGGGUCCGGAAAAACUUUAUUACUAAUGGCACUUUUAGAAGAAACAAAUAUCAUUAGUGGAAAAGUAUAUUCUCCAAGAUCAUCAUCUAAUAACGAUGUUUUCAAUCAAAAUAAUUCGUCAUUGUUGCCUUCAAAUUGGAUAGUUGAUAAUAGUGUUGUAUUAGAAUCUGGUAAAGUGGUAACAAAUGGUGUAGUCGAUGAUUUACGUUCUUCUGGCGAAUUGUCUUCUGUGUUGAAAGAAGCAGAUAGCGGUGUUGACUUUAAUGAUUUAGCUGAAGCUGCUGCUGAAACAAUUCCACUAGUAAUUAAUAGCAAUAAUAAAAACAUUAGUAAAAUUAUGUUACAUCAAGGUGAACCUUCAACAGCUUCAUCUAUCACCGUAGUUAAUAAUGGUGAUAAUUCUAUAUCAGAAGAAUAUGACGAUGAAAGUAACAAUAGUAGUGAUGUUUCUUCAAUAAGAUCGGAUAUUGAUAGAGCAAAAGGAACAGUUAAAUUGAACAUUUAUUUGAAAUAUUUUAAUGCAAAUGGUAAUUUAUUAUUUUGGAUUAUGGUGAUUUUCUUAUUUUUUACAACAAGAGCUGCACAAAUUAUUGAGAGUUGGUGGCUUAAAAUAUGGUCAAGUUCAAGUAGUAAAGAUCCUAGAAAUGUGACACAACAAUUAUUCAAUAUGACAACUUACAAUAUUAAUAAUGACAACGAUAACAACAACGUACUAUUAUAUGAUUUAUCGUCAGUUCCAGAUUUUGAUUUAGAUGAUUCAAAUUAUUAUUUACUACCAUCCAUUACCAAUAAUAAUUACACAACUAUUCGAGGCGACAAUCAUGAUGUAGAUUAUUAUUUCAACAUUUAUGUAUUGAUUACAAUGGCAUCCGUUGUACUUGGUAUCAUGAGGUUCUUAUGGUUGUAUUAUGGUUCACUAAGAGCUUCUAGAAAUCUUUACGAACAAUUACUUCACAGAGUUAUUAGAGCACCUCUUAGAUUUUUUGACACUACACCUGUUGGCAGAAUACUUAAUCGAUUCAGUAAAGAUUUUGAGACAAUCGACAGUAUUUUAAUUGGCGACUUGGCUUUAUUCUUAAACAAUGUGAUUAUGAUGAUCAGUACUGUAAUGGUUAUAACGGCUAUAACAAAAGAAUUUCUGAUCGCUUCGUCAUUGUUUGGCAUAUUGUAUAUUAUUGUUGGAUCAUUGUAUGCCAAAGCUUCCAGAGAAUUGAAGCGAAUAGACUCGGUAACAAAGUCACCAUUAUAUUCACAUUUUGGUGAAACACUGUUGGGUAUUACUACAAUUAGAGCAUUUGGGGCAAAAAAGAAAUUUAUGAUUGACAUGUUAACAAAAAUUGAUAAUAAUCAUCGACCAUUUUAUUUAAUGUGGUGUGUUAAUCGAUGGCUUAGUAUUCGUUUCAACGUUAUUGGGUCAUUUUUGAGUUUCCUUGCUGGCUUGUUUGUUUUGUUGAAUAUAGAUCAUAUUGAUGCAGGUUUGGCCGGGUUGUCGUUAUCAUUUGCCAUGACAUUUUCAAAACAAAUUAUGUGGUCAGUUAGGAAGUAUACUGCUUUGGAGAUGAGCUUGAAUGCGGUAGAACGAAUUGAUGAAUUUCUUCAUAUUCCACAAGAAGCACCGGAAAUUGUUAAUCCACGACCACCAGCUGCUUGGCCACAUAGUGGUAACAUUCAAUUUGAGAAUGUGGAGGUCAAGUAUGCACCUGAUUUGGAACCUGUUUUACAUCAUAUUAGUUUUAAUAUUCAUGGCCAGGAGAAAAUUGGAUUAGUUGGAAGAACUGGAUCAGGCAAAUCUACAAUAUCAUUAACUUUAUUUAGAUUUAUUGAACCAUCAGAUGGAAAUAUUUUUAUCGAUAAUAUUGACAUUGGAACUAUUGGUGUCGAAGACCUUAGAUCCAGAAUCACAAUUAUUCCACAAGAUCCAAUAUUAUUUACAGAUGCAUUUUCACAAUACAGAGAUUACGAAAUUUAUGAAGCAUUACAAAGAGUUCAUUUAUUGCCUUCAUCAACAACCAAAGCAACUUCCUCCUCAUCGCCAUCAAUUUCAUCAUCAAAAAGAAAUAACGAUGAUGAUACAUCAAUAAUAAUGACAAAUGAUGAUGAUGUUAACAACGACAAUAUUAGCAUGUUUAGCAACUUAGAUACACCUAUUACAGAAGGCGGUAAAAAUUUUAGUCAAGGACAACGACAAUUAUUAUGUUUAGCUAGAGCUUUACUUAAACGAUCUAAAAUUAUACUAAUGGAUGAAGCUACAGCAAGAAUGAUAAGAAAUGAAUUUGUUGAUUGCACUAUAUUGUGUAUUGCACAUAGAUUAAGAACCGUUAUUGACUAUGACAGAAUAUUAGUAUUAGAUCAAGGAAAUGUCGUAGAAUUUGACAGGUAA